CCGGCCGGCGCUGAUCUCACGCUCCCAUUGGCCGCUGUCUGCGCUGACGUCACGAUCAUGAUGAGAAUUAAUGAUCGGAGGCGCUGAUUUCAUUGUGUGACGCCGGGACCGACCCAGCCGAAACCGGCUGAAUCCGGAGCCCCGAGCCCCCCAGACCGGCCCCGCGCAGCACGUUUCAAUGUGUUGCCCACCAGCUGGACACCUGGUUUUCCGAAAAGCUCCAAUGUGUCUUUUCUAAGCUUGGAGAGUCAAGUUAAAAUUAAAUUAUGAUAAGAAUCCAUGUGGAUUUCUAACUUGGAGUCUUCAGUUCAAGAUAAAGAUGAAUCUGCGUUCUGUAUUUACUGUAGAACAACAAAGGAUAUUACAGCGUUAUUAUGAAAAUGGAAUGACAAAUCAAAGUAAAAAUUGCUUUCAGCUCAUAUUACAGUGUGCACAAGAAACUAAACUGGACUUCAGUGUAGUCAGGACGUGGGUUGGCAAUAAAAGAAGGAAGAUGAGCAGCAAGAGUGCUGCAGAAUCUGGAGGUGCUCUCCCAGGGACCGCCCCUACUGCUCCCUCAGUACCACCAGAAGCAGCAGUUAGAAAUGUGGUAAAUAUUGCUCGAUCCCAAAGUCAGCAGUCUUCUUGGACCUCUUCUAAUAACGAUGUAAUAGUUACUGGUAUAUACAGUCCUGCUAGUUCAUCCAGUAGGCAAGGAUCCACCAAGCAAACAAAUGCUUCAAUGGCAGAAAUACAUAAAACCUCUAUUCCAAGACUACCAGGGAAAAUUGACACAGACUUUCAGCAGCAGCACAUCCCUAUAGGACGACAAAUACCACACUGUAAAAAUGCUUCCCUAUUAGUAGGGGAAAAGACUAUUAUUUUAUCUAGACAAACAAGCGUACUGAAUUCUGCGAACUCCAUUUAUAGUCACACGAAAAAAAGCUAUGGUGGUUCAUCAGUCCAAACUGCAGAGUUGGUGUUACCUCAGAAACCAAUGAUAUGCCACAGACCCUGUAAAGCUGAGCUCAUGGGAUGUCAGAGGUUACAAAAACCAGAACAUGCAGCUCUUACAUCGCAUAUGCCCCCUGGACAAAGGGCUAACACUAGGGACCCUUCUUGUAGCACACAAAACCUGGAAAUCCGUGAGGUGUUUUCUCUGGCUGUUACAGAUCAACCUCAAAGAAUUGUGGGAGGAAGUACAGCACAGAAGCAUUGCUCAGUGGAAGGCAGCUCUCUGUCCAUUGCGAUGGAAACUGGAGAUGUGGAUGAUGAAUAUGCUAGAGAAGAAGAACUAGCAUCCAUGGGAGCACAAAUACAAAGCUAUUCAAGAUACUGUGAAAGCAGCAGUUCUGUUCGAGUGGAGAACCAAAGUGCAGCCUUGUCUGGGCCAGGAAGAAAUGUGAGCUGUAGUUCUCAGAUGGUGAAUGCCAGGGACAUGCCUGAUGGUAUGCUGUAUCACAGCAGAGACUACCACUUGCCUGCACGGACCUCAUUACACACAUCCAGUACAUUAUAUAACAGUGCUAAUACAUCAAGAAGUACUUUUUCUCCUCACUUUACAUCUUCAAAUCAACUGAGGCUGUCACAAAACCAAAAUAAUUACCAGAUUUCAGGAAACCUUACUGUGCCUUGGAUUACAGGUUGUUCCAGAAAAAGAGCAUUACAGGACCGCACACAAUUUAGUGACCGAGACUUAGCUACCCUAAAGAAAUACUGGGACAAUGGCAUGACCAGCCUGGGCUCAGUCUGCAGAGAGAAAAUUGAAGCUGUUGCUGCAGAAUUAAAUGUGGACUGUGAAAUAGUACGGACGUGGAUUGGGAAUCGAAGACGGAAAUAUCGUUUAAUGGGGAUUGAGGUCCCACCCCCUAGAGGAGGUCCUGCUGACUUCUCUGAUCAAUCUGAAUUUGUUUCUAAAUCAGCACUUAAUCCAGGAGAGGAAACUGCUACUGAAGUGGGGGAUGAUAAUGACAGGAAUGAUGAAGUAUCAAUCUGCUUAUCUGAAGAAAGCUCACAAGAAGAGACAAAUGAAGCUCUUCAAAAUGAAGAAAUUCAUCACAAAGAUGAUGACCGGAAUCCAGUAUCUGCCGAUAAUGUGAAAAUAGAAAUUAUAGAUGAUGAAGAAAGCGAUAUGAUAAGUAAUUCUGAAGUGGAUCAAAUGAGCUCUCUUUUGGAUUACAAGAAUGAAGAAGUCAGAUUCAUUGAAAAUGAGUUGGAGAAUCACAAACAGAAGUAUUUUGAACUGCAGACGUUUACGCGGAGUUUGAUACUUGCUAUUAAAUCAGAUGACAAAGAACAGCAGCAGGCACUGCUCUCAGACUUACCUCCUGAAUUAGAAGAAAUGGAUUUCAAUCACACAUCACCAGAGCCUGAUGAUACCUCAUUCAGCUUGUCGUCUUUAUCGGAGAAAAAUGCCUCAGACAGUUUGUGAUUUUACUUCAUUUUUUUUUAAUUAUUUCUAAUUGACAGAAAGAAACCCCACGUAAUGUGUAGGUUUCCAGAGAACAGCAUUUUGCUAUACAGUGUUCUUCAACCCAAAAAAGGAAAGCCCAAGGUGAAGUAGACUUCCCUGAAGACUGACUGUAGUACAGAAUGGCUGCAGUUCGCAAUGUCAAGAAAUGUUGAGUGUUGUUUUUGCUAAAUGAAAGAACUGUGUGAGGAAAUGUUUCACUUUUAGCAGUUUGGCCUUGAUUAGGAUAACUUCUGACUUUCCGGAAUAACACUUGCUCUGUAGCAAAGAUGUUUUGAGCAGGGAUCCAAGAGUGGAAAACAAAUGUCCUGUUAGACAAACAGCUAAUUUUUCAGAGUUGCUUGCUCACUAUUCCUGGUUUUAAUUGUUUUCCUCAUUUUGACUCAGGUAGGUGGACUGAAAAUUGAGAACCCAAAUAGAAUAAUGAGCUUUUUUGAGUUGUGCUUGAACUCUUUGCAAAUCUGAAAUUAAACUGAGGUGUUUUUCAUCAUAUGACUUCAGAUUGUUUAAUCAUAAUGUUUUGUGACCAAAACAGUUGAAAACACUUUGAAAUGCUAGCUGAAUAAUUUGAAUCAUCACUAAAUGGUUGAUGUACAGAAUCAGUCUGUAAGCGAUCCACCAGUGAGAUCACGUGGGAGACCCGGUAGCUGCACUGUGUGACUUUUUCUGGUACUCUCCCAACAGCAAUGGGUUAGACAGGUUUACACUGCUAUUGGGGGUUUAUGAUUCUAUGAAUGUAGUUACAUUUUUUUGUUUGUUGAGAUGCAGUGCUGAAGUUCUGUUCAUUAAGUACCAUUUAUAUAGACUUCAGCAAACCUUACUCCCUUUUAUCAAGACACUCUCUUAAAUCCAUUAUGCCCUGAAAGGCAUUUAAGUGUUUGGAAUUGAGCGUUACAGACUUUCUACAUGUGACCUGGUUUUGAAGUAGCCGUGUCUGACAAAUUUUUUGGCUCUGCCAUGUCACAGUUGCCAUUUUUAACUGUGAGCUUGAUUGCAGGCAGUGACUGAAAUGAGUUUCUGCUUUCCCAGCUGCUGGUCGCAUUGAAUCCCUUUCCUCGUCUGAAUAAAUGGAUGUGCAGACACAUUCAGAUGAAUUUAAUAGGGUUUGUGGGUGCAUGCCCACGUUAUUAAUGCUCUGUAUCUUCUAAUCUGAAUAUUCCUCAGCAGGCAUUUUUGAAACCUACCUUCACAGUUUGUAAAAAAAAAAAAAAAAAAAAAAAAAAAAAAAAAAAAAGCCCAAUCUUUCAAUUUUACACCAAGUAAUAAUACAGUCUGGUGAGUCCCUGUUCAUGCAGUGCAGUAAGUAAUCCCAUUAAUUUCAGCGUAGGUACCAGGUGUGGGCCAGAAGAUUCAGGAGUGGUGGCAGGUAGGGGAUGACCCAAAACAUUUUUUUCUUUAACACUGGGAUUAACUCACUAAUGAUUUCAGGGUUUCUCAGUCUGGUCCUCCCUAAUCACUCCUGCAGAUUUUGUAUUUGUAGGAUCUGUACUGAGCUCUGCUUUUUUUUGUUGUUGUUGUUCCUGUUUCUGUGUUGUACUCGGUCAUGGGGGAUUUUUAACAAUCUUGCUAAGUGCCAGUUGCAUAAAGGAUAGUAGAAGUUUUAAACAUUGGGUUUUUAUUUCUUUUUCUUUUUUCUUUUUUUUUUUUUAAAAAAAAAGGUUUCACAGUUCUGAAAUUCGGACUGCUAUACAAUUCAGUUAGUAUUCAGUCCUCAAAAAACCUCUUACAGAGUAACCCCACAAAAGGAAGCUGUUAGGCCUGCAUUUGAGUUAAGAUAUUAACUGCUGAAAUACCACACCCUGGCUGGUAGAUGCACACUGAUAGACUACUCAAAGGAGGAGCAUUAUUUUACAUGCCUGCUGAAAUGACCACCAACUUAAAAGUAAUUAAGGUUUGUGAGCAGAGAUCACAGUACUAGCCUUCAAAUGUAAGGAAGAGCUCAACUGUAAUUCUGCUCACUCUGGAAAAAAUCUUUUAUGAAGGGUUUUCUAUACUGAGUUAACAAUACUCUCUGUUACUGUUCUCUCUAGAUAGGAAAUUUGUGCCACUGACAAUGAAACCUCUGUAAGCUUUGCUGAAAUUAAAAAAAAAACAAACAAAAAAAAAACAAAAAACAAACCCAACCAACUGUGAUUUACCACUAUAUGGACCCAAUUUUCCUGCUGCUUUUGCUUAAAUGCCCCAUACAAAGGGCAGGAUAGACUUGAUUUCACAGUCAGUUUCAUUAUCCACUUUCAUACAAGCAAAUUGUAAUUGAUAAUAACUCUCAUUUGCUCUGACUUGCUUUUAUUUCAUGUGCCAAACAAGUUGAAGGAAUUUUGAAUGAACUAUUGUCAGAUUCAAGCACUUUUGCAAGUCCCUUUGCUAAAGGAACUGGAACUCCUCUUUAGGAAGCUCAGCUAGAGCUCUAGCUGCAGUCUGCACCCACAUCGUGCCUCUGGGCAUGUUGUUCUAUGGUUCUCUUCUGCAUGGUGACAAGCCAAAGCAUUGUACAGUAUUCCUGUUUUCAUACCCUGAAACAUUUGACAAUAUUACAGCGAUUCAGAAAGAAGGUGUGUAUAUGAUAUUCCUGUAUAGCAAAAUAGGAUACACGGGAUAGUACUGUACAGCUGUUUGUUCGGGUUAAUAUUGCAGCAGCAAUAGUUUUUCAGUACAGUGGCCGAAAGGCUACACACUUGCUUAGGAGAUUCUGUAGCAUAAAACAUAAUGAUCCUUGAGAAUGAUGGAAAAUACAUAUCUAAGUCUUGCGGAUCAGACUGGCACCACACAUGCUUUAUGGCUUUGUGAUUUAGGAUUUUGUUUUUCUUUGUCUGUGUCCCUGACAGACAACUUAAUUUUCUACUCAAAUGUUCUACUCAGAUUACAUCCAAAUCCAGAUACCUGCAUCUAAUUGGGCCUUAGAACAGUGUGAGGGAGUUUGACAUUGUUGCCAUCUGUUUUCCUGGCCAACUUUGUCUUAGCAGUUGUGCUGAUGAGCAUCAAAUUCUAGUAUGGGGUCACCAGGAUACUCAUUUCUGCUCUGAAGGUGCUUUAGAAGAUGGAAAAUUAUAGGUGAUAUCUGUCUGGGUCCAGGUCUUGCUUAGGGUUUUGGUUUGUGUUCACCUCCUCUGAUCAGAGGAUGACCACAGAACACACAUUUGUAUGGAAAAUACCUGACAAAAAAAGCUAAUACUGUGUUGUGUCAUAAUGAAAGAAAUAAGCCUCUCUUUGCUAUCUCACUGAUGUGGAUCUGUAACUUGAAUAAUGACAGCAGCAGCCAUGCCGUGAAUUGAUGUUCUCAGCAUCUUUCUGCUAAGGCUCUCAUUUGCUUUGUCCAUGGAAGAUGACUUUGCAGGCGUUAUUUAUGCCUAAUGCAUCUGUAGGAAUAUGAAUGAUUAAGUAUGUCUUUCUGAAGAAGCCAAAGUGGAAGAAGGUAGUUCAGAACAGACACUUUAAAACAGAAACGGGACGCUCUCCCUUCCUUAGGGAGCACUGAAAUUCUUUGAUGCUAGCAAGCUUGCGUAUACUUCAGAAAGCUGUUUCCUGAAGCUAUGCCUCUUUUCAUUUCCCUGCAGAUGAUGCUUCUGUCAAGUCUAUAGGUCUAGCAGGAAUGAGUAAUAGUAAAUAUUCUAAUAGGUAAAUUUUGGCAGGUUUAAAAGUACGUGAACAGAUGUACUAUACAAGUGUCAAUUUCCUUGAGUACCUGGUUCUUGAAGCAGCACUGCACUUUAAUCUUUCCAAGUAUUUCUUUUUUGCUAAGGCAAUAAAAAGUCUGAAAAUGACAAGCAGAUCAUGGGCUUUGCAGUCCUCUGAGUAAAAGAAAAGGAAUGUAUUAACUUACAGCUUCAUCUUCUGAACUCGGGAAGCAGCUCAUCAGGUCUCCUCUCCAAACAGAGGCAGCAAUAUCUACUGUUGUCGUUACAGAGUUGAAAUGAUAGGACAAAUCGACCAUAUCAUGAGCAUCUUUAUUGUGGAAAUUACUGCUCAGAGUUCAUCAGCUAUCUGAUUUGAGGUCUCUGCUGCACUGCCCUGUUGGUGACAUUCAAGAUGAUAAUGCACAGCACUAACUUUUCCAGAGGUACUGUAGUCGUAGCUGACUGUUGGUCUCAGGAUAGUGAUAGAAGACAAAAAUAAUAUGCAUAAAUGGAAUAGCACACAGAAUAUCUGAAACAUGAAGAAUUAGCAAUUUGUAAUGUUGCAACCAAAAGCUUAAUUUACUACCUCCAGUCCUGCUGCCCAGAUCCUUCGGCUCAGCUGGGAAUGAGGAGGCUGCUUUAUGCGUUGGAGGGACUGGCAGCUGCCUGUCCAGCCUUCAUUUCAGGACUCCGCCUUUUUUGCCCCAAAUCAUCCUAACAAUAAGUUCAUCAGUUGUCAGAUGCCUGGUCAAAGAGGAGAUGGUUAUUAAGAAAAGCUGUUUUAUGGAGUUUGAUUUAUGAACCAAUUCAUAUUUUAGCGCAUGGGCCAAAUGCUAACAGUUGUGAGCAAAACCAAACAGGCGGUGCCACAAAGCGCUUCCAGUGGUAGGACAGGGUUCUGCUCUUGACUGAAGAGUAUUUGUUUCCGUAAGAGGGUGCCUGACACUUGGCUCAGAAGACAACAGAUGUAAAAGGGGCAGAAUCAGAAGCUCGGGCUUGUGGUGGUGGGUGUUGUUUUUAGACAAAUAAGCAUUCAUUUUCAAUAAAAGAUGCUUAAGAAUGUCUCUGUAAGGAAAGGGAUUUCAGGUCAGUGCUUUGGUUCCGGUGAACGUUUUACUGUAUUACUGAAUGAAGUAAAUCUUUUCCAGUUCUGUAUUUCGUUUUACACACGCUACCUCUGAAACGUAACACCACCUUUAAAACCACGCAGAAAAUGUGAAUUAAAAAAUAAAGUGGAAAAGCUUUUAUAGGCAAUAAAUUAUUUCCAACACACAUUCUCCAAUUUUGUGCCUGUUUUUUAGUUGUGUGAAACAUUCAGUUUGUUUUUUGUUUUGGUACUGUUCAUGUACUUGUCUCGGUCUAUGGACAGGGAAGUAAUAAAGAUGUGAUAUCUGGAAAAAAAGAUUAGCAUAUGUUAAUGGUAGUAAAUAUUUAUAUUAAAGCUCAAGGAUGAUACAGUAAAUUGUUGCAGCCGUACAAGUUUUUGGUACAGCUAUUGUAAGAAAUGAAUGUUAUACUUAGAAAUAAUCUGGUACUGAGUGACUGAUGUGAUGCUUCUUAGUACACUGUAGAUGGACUGAUCAGAGGGGUCAGUCAGAUAAUGAGUCUCAGCAAUGUAAUGAGAAGGGAUAGGAUUUUACUUUUUCUGAGGUACCACAUCUUGUAAGAACGCUCUCAUCUUUUAGUUUCCGGUGUCUCUUCAUUUUCUAAUAUAUAUAUUUUAAUAACCCUAUGUAUAAAAACCUCUAGGAACCAUUCUGAUUUGCUUGUAAGCAAGUGUGAUGUUAAAAUGAGUCAGUGGCAAGCUACAGCUCCCAUGUAAACGCAGACCGUUUUGGGGUAGCAAAAUGUAAUCUUAAAAAGAAGCAAGUCCCUGUAAUUUGCCCCGUCCCAUCUGUGCCUACAGAAGAUGGGGGCAGGCUGGCGCAACGGCCGCGCCCUGGGAGCUGUGGCGGCAGAGAGGCACCAAGUGCCAGGGCAGCUGCGUGGCUGCGGCAGAGGCCUUGGGGGUUGUCCAAGGGAAUGAGAAUAAACGGAGAAAUGUCUGCACCUCGGACAACAAGAGCGUCUGCAUUAUCUCAGAUUUUGUGCAGUACAGCGUAUAAAAGCGCUGGAGAAUCAGCUGCAUUGUGUUCGGGAAAAAUAUUCCUCUCCGACAAGAAUGAUGUUCUCUGAGUUCUAGAGUUACUGAGCGCGUACGUGAGUCCAUGUAUGCAGAAUUACAGUGUGCACAAAGAACACGGUAACAUUAGCACCUACAAAGGUACUUUCACCUAAAAUAUUAAUGUAAUUCAUAUAAAAAUACUUGAUUUGAGCUCACUUGUGUAAGUUUUACUGUAUUGAUCACGUAGUUCUGGACAUCUGUACAAAUACAGAUUAUAGUUCAGCUGCAAAACUGGUAGUUUUUAGGAUUGGAAAUUAGUUAAAAUGUCUUCAGUAAUGAUAUCUGUAAGUGAUCUUGGCAAACAAACAAACUGCUGUAUUUGUGAAACGGUAACGAAUCUUCUGCCGUGACAAUUUCUGUUUUAUUUGCACAAAAGGUAUUAAUUCAAUUUAAUUUUUCUUCUGACAGUUUAAACAUUAUUCUGUAUCGUAGAUGUUUUUGUUAGUCUACAAAAAACAAUCUUAAAACGAGGAUGAUUUCUUUCUGGGCCAGUCUGCCAAGGCCCGUAACCCGAGUGAACUGAUGAAUCUGUGUGACACGUCACUAUCUGUAUGGCACCUCUAUUCUUUGUAUCGGUACGUGUAGCAAAAACAAACUGCUCUCAACCUUGACCUGCUGUACCUCCAUGCAGCCCAGGACACUGGAUCUUGGCUGGUUUGAGAGAUGGACGCCUAGUGAAAUAUUCCAUGCAUUCAUACUGAUUUUUUUCUUGUUGUUGUUCAGUAUAUAUAAGGGUAUUUAUAAUUCUGUACUAACAGAAAUGCUCAUUUCCUUCUUUAGAAGCCUGCUCAGCUAUUUUUAUAUAAAAUGUUGGUCUUUGCCUUAAUUUUUUUGUGAAGAGUUGUGCCAUAGAUACUUUAACUUAUCCACAGAUAGUUUACGGGAUUUGCUUUGAAUUGUCUUUGGUUAAUUAUUUUUCCCUAAAAUUGUUCAAAAUUGUUUUCUCCUCCAAGUGUAUGACGAGAUUUUUUGCUUCUUAAUUUUUAUUUUGUUACAUUUUGGAAGAUCCCAGGGUUUGCAUGCUUCGGUUAGGACCAGCCCUCUCUCUGUAGCUUAUUGUUUAUAGUUAAAAAUGCUUUUACUGAAAAAGAAAGAAGAAAUGAAGUAAUGCUUGUUCAAAUGUAUCUAGAGCGCCCAGGCGGUCGGAGCAAAGGGCUAUUUAGCGUUGGUAAAUUUGUCUACUAGACUCAAGGAUAUUUUUCUACGUCUGUCAAGUUUGGGACUCUGGUGAAAUGAAAUAAAGGUGAACUAACUCCUUUUCCUA